AUGUGGUGGCUAAAGGAUUCAAAAUUUUCACAUAGAAUUACUUAAAAAACUUUUCUUAGAAAAUAUUCCGAAAACGCUUUUUAACGAUGAGAUUUUUCGGCGAUAAAUUUAUGUCAAUGUGGUUCAUAUUAAAACUAUGUCUUCUUAUAUCCAACGUGAAUAUUGGUGAUUGUAAUAUAUUGAGCGAGCUUAAAAAACCAAAUACUCCCGUUACCAAUGAAAUAAUCAAUUAUUUCAUUAAAUUCGUUCGUGAAAAAUAUAAUUAUGACAUGAUCGAGGUCGAUUUUAACUUUAGGCUCGAAAAUUAUCCUGCAAUUCCUCCUAACACAUACGAUAUUCAAAUUUUAUACAGUAAUUUGAAUUUAUCUGAUGCCGGCCACUAUACAUGCGUAUUUUACGAUGCAUAUUAUAAAACUGUGUACAUUUAUAACCGUCUGUACGAUAUCACUAACGCUAUUGCGGAUGAACAUUUUCCAAUUAUAGAAAAUCGGUAUCCAAUGAGAGACCAUGAGGUGUGUGUUAAGCCAAAGACCGAACAAUAUGAUGAAAUAUCAAGCGGUCUAUUUGCCAUUGCGUAUGCAACGACAUUGAUUUUAGAGAAGGACCCAUCUUCUUAUACGUUUAAAAUGAAUGUUAAUUAUUCGGACAAAUCCAUUCAUUUGAGAGAACAUAUUUCAGAAAUGUUUCAAGCAAAAGAACUAUCAUUAUUUCCGCAAUGUCUUGUCAUAUCGUACGUCAACGUUAUUGAUUGUACGAAUAAAAAAGGAAAAAAGUUGGAAAGAAGUUUAGCAAAGAAGUAUUGGUCCAGUAAAACUGAUGAAACAAUCAAUUAUUUUAUUGAAAUUGUGCGUGAAAAAUACAAUUUCGAUAUGAUUCGCGUAGAUUUUAAUCCUCAACUCGAAAAUUAUCCUGCAAUUCCUCCAAACACAUACGAUAUUCAAAUCGUAUACAGUAAUGUAAUGGAACAUUUCUUAUGCAUUUACUACGAUCCAAAUCCUGAAACUCUCUACAUUUACGAUAGUUAUUUCAGUAACUCUAUGCUAGACAAAAUGGAUGAACAUAGCAUAUUAAUUUUGGAAAACCGCUAUCCAAUGAGAAGAAAGGUGGUUUGGGUUCAGCCAAAAACCGAACAAUACGAUGACACAUCAAAUGGGCCACUUACUAUUGCAUAUGCAACAACAUUGAUAUUGAAUAAAACACCGGCCACAUAUGGUUUCAAAAUGCACGCAAAACAUCCUGAUAAAGCCAUUCACUUGAGAAAACAUAUUUUUGAAAUGUUUCAAAAAAAAGAAUUGUCGCUAUUUACACGAUCGAAUCGAUUGGACAUUGAUUAUAUUUCUGAGUCAUUGAUCAACAUCGAUCCCGAUAUCAUGAAGCAGCUCAUGACUCCAAAUAAACUGUUCUCUUAUCGUACAAUCAGUAUUUUUACCAAUUUAGUUGAGUCAACAACCAAUUUUGAUAUGAUUUCUAUCAAUUUUGUCUUCUAUCCCGAACUUAUCCCCAUUCAUAAUCGCACAAAAAACGAUGUACAAAUCUUAGCUUCAAAAGGAAUAGAUGAACAUAAUCCCGGACAUUACAUGUGCAUAUUUUAUAAUGCUGGCGAUAAGACGAUUUACGUGUAUGACAGUCAACGUUUGGAUGAACAACAAAUGCACAUUGUAAAUGCACGCUAUCCAUACCAUCAAAAUAUUACUUAUAUUCAUCCAAAGACAAAACAGAAAGAUCGGUCGUCAUGCGGCCCAUUUGCCAUUGCAUAUGCAACCUCGUUGAUUUUAGGCCAUGAUCCCAAGACGCUUAAACUCAAAACGAAUUCAAUUCUGACCGCAGCCUUUUUUACGAAAAAGUUUGAUUAUUCAGCAACUUUUCGAGAACAUAUUUUGAGAAUGUUUCAAUCAAAGAAAUUAUUGCCAUUUCCGGAAGAAGUAGCGAUACCGUCAUGUUUUGACCCACAGUCAAGUUCACGCGAUUAAAGUUAUUUCAAAUUUCAUCAAUUUUUUUUAGGAAUGUCUUUGAUUAAAAUCAAUAAAAUGGUUUUCAAUCACAAA